AGAAGAAGCUGUUGUUGUUUUGAUAGGAAAAGAUGGCGGCGGCGUGUAUGGCAGCAGCAGCCGCCGCUUCGGCCAGUUCUUCAUCUACAUCAGAGUUUUCUGUAGAAACUGUUCAGCGAACAAGUGUCUAUGAUCGUCAGGUUAUGCUUAGUUUCAGCAAAUGUGGUCUUUUCGACUUCGUCAACUUAGAGACGCGGAUCACACUACAAAGCCUUGGUCUGCUACGCCAGUCUGACCCAGAGGUCCACAGAGGAGCGGAGUCUCCCACCACCACAGACCGCCCACGGAGACACCGGAGCCGGUGCGAGAGGAAACAGAAGCGCGGUUGUCGCGGCGGGCUCGCGGCUAAGCUAAAAGCUAACCCGUUCCGAUCGCCGCUGCCCUCCAUCCUGCUCGCCAACACGCGCUCCCUGGAAAGUCAACUGGACUCUCUGAAGCUGGACUUAAUCACCAAAAGGGAAACAAGAAACUGCUGCAUCCUCAUUUUCACCGAGACGUGGCUAAACUCGUCUGUCCCUGAAGCAGCCGUUAGCCUGGACGGGCUAACAACAAUCAGAGCCGACAGGAGCCACGCGCUCACAGGUAAACCCCGAGGGGGGGGCCUUUGCAUGUACACUAAUAACAGCUGGUGUAACAACGCGACCCUGGUCUCCAGUCACUGCUCUGCGGACAUUGAGUUUAUGAUGGUGAGAUGCAGACCCUUCUACCUGCCCCGGGAGUUCACCGUCGUCAUCGUUGUCGCUGUGUACAUUCCACCACGCGCCAACACCAAGCACGCGCUCACUAGCCUCCACAGUGCCAUCAGUGACAUGCAAAGCAAACACCCCGAGGGCGUUUUCAUUGCUGCUGGAGACUUUAACCAGGCCAACGUGAACACUGUUCUUCCUAAAUUCCAUCAGCACGUGGAUUUUGCUACCAGGGGGGAAAACACACUGGACUUGGAAGUCUACACUAACAUCGAGAAGGCCUUCAGAGCAACCCCCCGCCCUUUCCUCGGCUCCUCAGACCAUCUCUCUGUUAUGCUACUUCCAGCAUACCAGCCCCUGGUCACCAGAGAAAAGCCUGCUGUGAAGAAGGUGAGAGUGUGGCCCGAGGGAGCUAUGUCUGCACUGCAGGACUGUUUUGAGUGCACUGACUGGGACAUGUUCAGAGAGGCUGCGACAGACAGUCAACAUACAGAUGUGGAGGAGUAUGCUGCAUCUGUGACCGGAUACAUUCAGUGGUGCAUGGAGGAGGUCACGGUAGAAAAGACAAUAGUCACACGGGCCAACCAGAAACCUUGGAUGACUAAGGAGGUGCGCACAAGACUGAGGGAGCGCAAUGCUGCCUUCAAAUCUGGUGAUGCGUUGGCACUCAGAACAGCGAGGGCCAAUCUGAACCGGGCCAUCAAGGCAGCAAAACAUGCCCACAGUCAGAAGAUGCAAGGGUUCCUCCAUGACCCCAGCAACUCCAGACAACUGGGGCAGGGCGUCCAGACCGUCACGGACCACAAAGCCACACCCUCACCCUGCCCAGAUGACAUCAGCUUCCUCAAUGAGCUCAACAACUUCUUUGGGAGAUUUGAAGUCCUGAGCAACACCCCCGCGAGGAGAGCCACCCCCCACCCUGAUGAACAGGCACUCAGGCUCGAAACCACUGAUGUACGGAGAGCCCUGAGAAAAGUAAACGCACAGAAAGCUUCAGGCCCUGAUAACAUCCCAGGACGGCUGAUCAAGGAGUGCGCAGACCAGCUGGCCCACGUGCUCACAGACAUUUUCAACGCGUCACUGGUCCAGGCCGUCGUCCCCCCGUGCUUCAAGUCUGCCACGAUCAUCCCAGUGCCCAAGACACCAACUUGAAUUAUAGUUUACAGUUCUAACAAACACGUUACUUCCUAAAAUUCAAUGCUGUUUUUUUGUUGCCAGAUUCACUGUUGUGUUUUCAACAAUGACAAUAAAGGAAGUCUAAGUCUAAGCUGUAGUUCCUUGAUGUUUUCUAGCAGGAAAUAAUGAACGUACUGUAGAUAUUCAGAUAGGUCACAUGGUAGAGUAGUGGCUACAGCAAAAGACCUGGGUUUGUGACCCUUUCUGUAUGGGGUUUGUUCUCCCUGUGUACAUGUGGAUUCUCUCCGGGUUCUCUGGUUUCCUCCUACAGUCCAAAAACAUGCAGAGGUAAACCCUGUGAUGGACG